AAUGUUCGCGACUUCCUUGGCCAUAUCGAACACCCAAAACAUUUGAUGGGACCUUUUCCGCUUGCAGUGCACACAAUAGCUUAAGGUAUCAACACGCGCCCUCUUCCCAGCCAUGGACAAAACGACAUUCGCGCUGCUGCUCUUCCGAGCAAUCCAGGUACGCGCCCCUGCUGUUCGAACUCACCACGCGACACGACAGAACUCAGACCUGCUAACUUGUCCUUGUCAGAUGCUCGCCGCCGCCCUCGUCCUCAGCCUUUCCAUCUCCCUCUACCGAACCCUCCACAUCGUCACUGACCAUUACGACGACAAGCAACAUCUCGUAAAGAAGUGGUUGAACCCCUGGAUUUCCUCCGUCGGCUUCGGCGCUGCUGUCGGCGCGCUGGGCAUGCUCGACGCCAUCGUGGGAAUUGUUUCAGCUUUCCUAAACAUCGUCCCCUGGGUCGCGGUUCUCACACUGGAUAUUCUCGCCGCAAUGUUCUUUUUGGCGAGUGGGCUGGUGAGUUAUACCUCCUUAGAGUCUCCUUAAUGCACUGCGCUGAGCUAAGAUGAGAUGAGCUGAC